AUGGAAGUGCAUGAAAAAGAGAUUCGUUGCUCCUCAUCUGGUGAGAUCGACCAAAGAAUCUCUUCUUUAUGCACUCUCAUUCGAAAUAAGGGUCCCCCUAAUUCACUUUGUCCUAGCAACAGCAGGUCGACGCUCGACGGUUGCCUAAUUCUACACCUUCUCGUUGACUCACUCGACCUUUCUCUAUCUCGAGCUUCGUUUUUCCAUCUCACUUUGCUUCGGCUUUCUAGCUUGAACUUGUUUUUCUUCUAUUUUGCUGCAUUAGCUUCGCGUUUCAACACCACCUUCGACCGGGGCUAUGCAGUGCUCGACUUUCUUUACACCAACCAGGACGACUCUGGCGAAUACUUCUGCCUGGCGACCAACUCGCUGGGCCAAGCGCAAGACCUAAACCAACUCAACUUCGAUGAAUUCGGCAAACUGCUGACUUCAACUCCACAUGCUCAAUGGCCUCAAUUGCUGUUAACAUUUCAAGCGUUGCUGACCGACAUUUUCGGCCUGACAACAAGCUUAGCAACAACAGGCAAGUCCUUCUGCUAUGUGUACCAUUCCUUUGCCAUCUUGGCACUAAAUGAAGUUUUUUUUCCAACUGGUCUAUCAGCUUAUCUCUUUCCCGCCUCCUAA